AUGUCAUCUGCCAAGUUAACAAGACGUCAGCUUGGAACUGGCUGGUGUUAUGUCAAACGCGCGUGGAAUGAAACAUUACUAAAAAUGCGACCUCCGAUAAAAUAUGUACUGGAUGUGACGAUUGCAUAUCCACAUAAAAUGCCUCUUUCACUUUUCACACUGAGCUUUGGCACUCGUGAACCAUGCGAUAUUGGUGUACAUUAUAAAAUUUAUGAUGCUAGUGAUGUACCGUUUGAAGAUGAAGAGAAGUUGCGUGAUUGGUUAUACAGCGUUUACCAAUACAAGGAUAAUAUUCUUGACCGGUACUACAAAGAAGGCGUUUUUGUGCGUGACGAGAAAGGUAAUAGGGUAUAUUUUCCAUGGUGGAGAAUUGUCGGACAGUAUAUUUUUUGGUUAUCUUCAUUUUAUGUGCAAUAUCGAAUUUAUUCAUUUAUAGUACUUCAUUUUCUACGAAGUAUAGGUCUCAUCUCGUGA